AUGUCGUCUGAUACAGAGGAUUCUUCCAGUGAUUCGAGUUCGCCCGGAGAGGAGGAGAGCUUAGGCUCCCAGAUUGUGAUACAACUCAAGAGAAGUGUCUUCGACAGGAAUGACUUCCUCCCCGACGGAUGCAUUGAAACACUGAUUACAAAAUGCGCCGUAAUCAAGGAGCUGGGCUUGACGCAAGAGGAUAUGAAGGAAAAGACUUCGAAUGCCAAAUUGGUUGAAUUCAUACUGAAUGAAGGCAGAAAGCUCUUCGCAAUUAUGCUAAUGUCUCGUUUCAAAGGCGGAGAUUUACAAAAGGGGAUGACCCAGUUCAGGAGGAAUAAACUUGGGGAUGCAUUUCUACCAAUUACGGAAGAGAACGAAAGCAAAGUCCCUUUCUUCAAUCCGCCGAAGAAGCCUUGGGAUCGACAGUCAAUUCGUACCUUCUGCAUCGAGCAAUGGGCUUUUUUAGUACCCGUAUUCUCCGACAAGAGCUUAAAUUUACAACUCCACACGGACGAAAUUCUGCCGUUUAUCUGCCAGGGCGAUGAUGUGAGAGAAGGGGCGUUCGGCGAGGUACAUCAGGUUACAGUCCACUCGUGCCAUGACAAAAACCCCGUCUUCACGUUCGACGGCAAACGAGCCAACGUUGCUAUCAAAGAGAUCAAGCAGGUCCAUACUGAUGAUGAAGCAAAACUGCGAGAGCUCAAGUCCGAGUGGGAACGAGAGGUCAAGGCUCACAUCGACACCAACAAGUUCCAUCACCCGAAUAUCAUCGAGUUCAUCGCCGCUGUGACGAGAGGGAAUUCGAAAAGUUAUCUCCUGUUUCGAUGGGCAGAUGGGGGAAACCUGCGAGAAUUCUGGCAGAGCAACAAAAAGCCGCAGCUCAGCGUCUCACUCGUGAGGGACGUUGUGGUGCAACUCAGGGGACUCGCUGAUGCCCUGGACAAACUACACGGCUAUGGGGGGGGACAAGGUUCAUAUCGCCAUGGCGACAUUAAGCCGGAGAACAUACUCCGGGUGCGCACAAAAUCUGUCGCUCCUUCCGAAAUCGACGUGGGAAUUCUCAAAAUCGCCGACAUGGGCCUUGCCAAACAUCAUACCAUAGUUACGGAAUUCAGACCCCCAACCAGCAUGAGAUAUACGACGUAUAGAUACGAACCACCGGAGGUAAUUUCUGGUGUCAGUGGCGUGUCGGCCAACUCCGGGAGAUCUCGGCGACAGGACAUCUGGUCAGUUGGCUGCGUUACCUUGGAGCUCAUCAUCUGGCUCCUGUACGGCGCUGAUGCCAUGAAUGAAUUCAACGACAAAUACGUCAUUGGCGAGAUGGGAGAACCAAGCCCCUACUUCGAAAUUGAGGGAAAGGGCAGUAACAAAAGAGCCAAGGUACAUCCAGCGGUAGACGAGACCAUGGAUGCUCUCUCGAGGGAUCAGGAAUGCAGGGUCGGAGAGAAAACAGCCAUGAAGGACCUCCUCCACAUUGUCAAGACGAAACUGUUGGUUGUCAGUCUGGGAGCAGCUACAAUAAUUGAUGGAGAGGGUUCUGUUAGCCCUCCGCACCUUUCCACAAUUCCGGCGGGAUCCCGUGCCAGUGCUCGUGAACUUUGCCUCGCGCUGGAUGAAAUUAUAGACAAGGGCGAUAAGAACGAGGGAUACUGGUAUUCAGGGAAAAGCCGAAGCCAUUCUCAACGGCUCCCAAGGAUUCGCUCUCAGGGUUCAAGUUCUCUUUCCCCUGACACAGCUUUUGGACAGGGUUUUCCAACUCGCCAGAAGGAGCCCAUGCCUCCUCCAUCCAAAGAUAUUACCAUCGUUGUGCCCCCAGUGACCCAGGUACUAAAAGAUGAGUAUCGUAAUGCGACACAGAUAGAUAAGACAGAGUUUCCAGUUGACAACAAGUUUGCCAAAGAACUUGUUAGGACUAUCGGAAUAGAUGGCCUGUUCCCGAUCAACAUCAAACCAAUACGUCUCUGUGGUACCUGUCAAAAGAUGGAAUUUUUUGAGCCGUACUUUCAUAUCGAAGAUACAUGGCCAGAGCUUGAAAGCAAUCUCGAUAUAUGCGACUUUUGUAAGAUGCGCUGGGAGGUUGCUCAACAUCUCAAUCUGAAGAAAUCAUCGCCUAUCAGGUUUGACCGUGAUCAGUCCAUGCUGAAACUGAAUGAGGGCCACGUUCCUGUUAUGUCAAUUUGUCGAAGUUCAGAACUGCAAACUCCGAACGCGCAUUUCAUCCAAGUGGGACUUCCCAAGCUCCCCGCGGCGGCCAGCAAGACUCAUUUCGACAUCCUUCGACAAUUUCUCAGGAACUGCGAUGCCAACCAUCCCAAGUGUCCGCCACCCAAGACAGCCCCCCUGCCAACAAGGCUCAUAGACCUUGGGACUCAUGAAUCCCCCACCAUUCUCAUUUAUGAGACCAAGCCUACAGACUCGCUCCAAUAUAUUGCCCUGUCCCAUCCUUGGGGACCAGGUCCUCACUUCUGCACCUUUCGAAACAACCUGGAGGAAUACAAAAAACAUAUCUCCUUCGACAAACUCCCCGCCACUUUUCAACAUGCCGUGACAACAACCCGUGAACUUGGCCUACGAUACCUCUGGGUUGACUCCAUCUGCAUUAUCCAGGGCCCAGAUGGCGAUUUUGCCCAGGAGGCUACGCGUAUGGAGGACGUUUUCAGUUCGGCGUACUGUGUGCUUGCUGCGAGUAGCGCGAAGGGGCAAGAGGAUGGGUUCCUGACUCCGCGGAAGGAAAAUGAUUUCUUGACCUUCGACAAGGGCGGCCAGCCUCUGUAUAUAUGUCGAUUUAUGGACGAUUUCAAAACACAUGUUCUUGAAGGCCCGCUCAAUAAACGCGGAUGGGUGUUGCAGGAGAGAGCUUUGGCACAUAGAACCAUCUUCUUCACCGAUAGACAGACGUACUGGGAAUGUGGCGAGGGUGUAAGAUGCGAGACGUUGACAAAGAUGGACAAUCACCUCAUAUCCUUCCUCGGCGACCCUAACUUUCCCUCCAAGAUUUCCAGGGAUAACAGCGACCGCGGCGAGAAGAUCCGACUAUACGAGAACCUGUACCGUCAAUAUUCUAGACUCGAAUUCACUCGCUGGCACGACCGGCCUAUUGCCAUUGCCGGACUCGAGAAACGCCUCAUCCGCGAUCUAGAGGCGCAAGGUGGGUUCGGCGUCUUUGACGACGGACGCAGUCUCCUUCAGCGAAGCCUCCUCUGGAGAAAAGGUCAAGAAGUCUCCGCCCUUGAGCGAAUCGAGUUUCCACCCGAGAGGGCGUUUCUCGUGCCCAGCUGGUCGUGGAUGGGGUAUGAGGGCGCCAUCGACUACUUGGAUCUGCCUCUCGGGGGUGUCGAUUGGCCCCCGGACGCGAUUCUUGGACCCUGGGCGGAGGGCGGGACAGAAACGUGGCACACAGGGGACGGCAAGGGGGUUGUGGCGUUGAGCGCUGCUGCAAGGGGCUUCAAAAUGGGAAAAGAGAAUGAGGAAGAUUUCGGGAUCUUCUAUGACAGGACCGAGCCGUCAAAGACAGAACAGAAAACUUUGAAGUGCGUCGUUGUUGGGAAGCGGAUUAUGAAAUCGAAAACACCGACUGAUGAGACGACGCAUUAUGUGUUGUUGAUUGCGCCCAAGAAAACGAACUCUCCCAGGGGAGGAAAGAUAUAUGAGAGAGUGGGCGUUGGCUAUAUGAAAGGAAGAUUUAUAGAUUUAGUGGGUUCUGGAGCAUCGGGGUUAGUCAAUGUUCAGUAA